GUUUUAUUUUUCUAUAUAAACUUUUUUCAGGUUGUAUUUAUAAAUGGAAAAAAGAAUAACGGUAAUCAUCUUAAUAAAAGUUCUUACUUUUGCUCAUAGUAGCAAUGUCAGUGUUAAGUCCUAUUAUAUAACCGAAGUUUGUAACAGAAAAACAGAGAAAACUUACUUUUCAGUAUUUGUAAUUUUGUUGAUUAUGAUUCCUAUAACAACCCUUGGGAAUACGUUUGUUGUCAUUGUCAUUGGUUUUACACCAAAGCUUCGUAAAAAUACGACUUAUUUUGUACUUCUUUCUCUAGCUUUUGCUGAUUUUUUGGUGGGAUGCAUAACUGUACCAAUAAACGCAAAAAGAGUUUACAAUAACAAGUUAUUUUGUUUAUCAAAGUAUGCCUGUAUAUCAGUUUUAUAUAUGGAAUGCUUCCUGUCAAUUGCAUCAAUGACGCAUUUGUUUUCAAUAGCAAUUGAAAGAUAUUUAUCAUUAAAGAUUCCAUUUCAAUUUACAUUAUCAGAAUCUUCUGCUUCAAUUUACAAGUGGCUCUUAUCUGUCUGGGCUUACGCAUUUUUUUGGUCUUUUCUUGGGAUUUUUAAAUGGAAUAAAUCAACAAGAUUUCCUAUUAUUAAAUAUAUUUUUAACUAUUCAAGUGUUGUUUACGACCCGCGUAAUGGUUCUUGCAUUUCAGAUAACCAAAUUUAUUUUACUACAGUUUAUGUUGUUUGUUUUUGUCUUCCAGCAAUUUUAAUGGGGUACAUUUAUUAUUUUGUUUAUAAAACAACACUUCGGCAUAUUCAUCAAAUAUCUCAAAGUGAAAUAGGUGAGCUAAAUUUAAGAACUAGCCGUCGCAAGUUACGUCAACAGAAAUUAUUUACUUCUGUCUUUAUAGUUUUUCUGGUUUACAUUUCAUGUUGGCUCCCAACAUUUGUUUUCUUAUUUCUGAAGUUUUACAAUAAAAACUUAAUAGAUCAGUUUAAAAAAAAGCAACCAUUGAUUUUUCAGAUUACGGUUAUUAUUGUAGGAGAAAUACUUCCACCGCUGAACUCUGCAUUAAACCCUGUUAUUUACGUUAUGCACAAUAAAAAAUUCAGAACCUCUGCACAACUUAUCCUGAACAAAAUAUGCUUUAAACGCAUCAAGAGGAAAAAUGCAACAGCAAUGGCAGUUGAUUUAAAUAAGUCUUUUUGAAUAACUAAUCU